GGUACUUUUAUUUUAAUCCAGAAGCAGAGGGUAUGGUAUCAUGUCGCUCAUAAAGUUGUCGCUUUAUUCAAUACCAUAUAUUGGUGGUGUAUAUUUACUGUAUAAAUGGAUAACUCCUAGUGACACUGAUAUGAAACAGAGAUUUGCAAAUAGUCCUGAUCCAUACUUGAGAGAAAAAUACAAAAAACUACAGUGGGAAGAAAAAAAGAAAAAACAAGAUGCCUAAUUGUUUGUUAAAACCAUUACAAUUAACUUUAGCCAUUUUCAAGCCAGACAUUGUUUCUAGACCUCAUAUUGUUCAACAAAUUAAACAGAUGAUUCGAGAUGAUGGAUUUUUUUUUGUAAAAUCAACAACAUGUUACCUUCCACGUUCAAAAGCAGAGGAAUUCUACAAGGAACAUGAUGGGAAAUUUUUUCAUAAUAGACUUGUCACUUUCAUUUCAAGUGGUCAUGUUAGUGCCCAUAUCUUAGCAAAACAUGAUGCAAUUAAAUGCUGGAGGAAGUUAAUGGGACCAACGAAAGUCCUCAAAACUGUUCAUGAAGACCCACAUUCAAUACGAGGGAAAUUUGGAUUAACGGAUACCAGGAACGCUACUCAUGGUUCAGAUUCGGAGGAGAGUGCUAGAAGAGAGAUUAAUUUUUUCUUUCCUGAUUUUAACAUUGAAGAAUGGCAUAGAACAGAAGAACAAUAUUUUAGAGAAGGAAAGAUUAAAUUUUGUGAAGAUAAAGAAAUACAUGUUAUUAUUGCUGAGAAUGAACACAAACUGAGUCAUGAAUAGUAAUUGAAAAUGACAUCAAAUAAAAAAGAUGUAAAAUUAUCUGUUUUUGUAGAUGACUGUGUAAAAUUGCUUAUUAUAUUCCUUUCAUGUAGAUACUGCAGUUAUGAAUAAGUUGCUUUGUACAUUUUUUGCUGAUUCAGAUAUAAUUUGGUCAAUUUUAAUGUUGAAACACAAAAAAAAUAAUUUAUAUAAGAAAAUAUAAAAUAAGUGUAAAUUUUUGUUCAUAUAUAUCAUGUUUACAGGUACAUACAUUUAUGCAGGAUUAAACAGAGUAAAUGAGAACUUACAAUGAGAACCUUUUUGUUUAGUUUGUUGAUAGUUUUCAGGGAAUUAAUAUAGCUUGACAUAAUAUUAAAUAGAAUGAUUUAUGUUAUACCUAAAUGUACUAUUUAUUUCUUUGUGUCAUAUUGGGUUGCUGUUUCUAGUUUUCUUUCUGAUUAUGUAAUUGAGUUAUUCUUUUUAUAAACCUUACCAGCUAACUAACGAUUAUAUUUUGACAGACUGUGUGACAUAAUGCAGAAAACAUGCUUGACGUUGUUAUAAUUUUUUAUAAACAAUGGCACUCCAUUUUGACAGUAAAUAUACAUGUAUAAUUGCAGGGUUUUUGGUUAUACAUACCAUACAACCUCGAGACAGAUUUAAUUUAUUCAAUGUCACUAUAUCUAAUGUGAAGAAAAAAAAAAAAAAAAAAAUUGUAAUUAUAUGAUGAUGAAAAGUAAUUUUACUCAGUUUUCCCACAAUUUCAAAUUUUUUUCCACUUAAACCAAUAUACCAAAGAUUAUGAUUAAAUUAAAAUUGUCUUUUGAAUACAACAUGGUUGUUACUAUAAAGAUUCCUUUGAGACAAACUUCUUUAAUCAUUUGUCUUCAAAUAACUAGUUAAUAUGAAUUAUAAUGUUGAUAAUAAUUGUGUAUAUUCUUAAAAUCAUUGCGUUUUUGAUUAAACAUAAUUCAUAUC